GGACCGGGGCGGGGCCGGGCGGCCCCGUCGGCUCCGCUGCGAGAGGCAGCCGGUGCCUCCUCCGGGGGAGCCGCGGACUCGCCUGGCUGCGGGGCGCGGGCGGCAGCGGGACCGGCACCGGGAGGCACCGAGGCGAGACGGGCACCGGCAGCGGCACCGGCGGCAGCACCGGAGCGCAGCCCGGCUCGGGACCGGGCGGGGCGGGGGAACCGGCCGGCUCCAAACCCGCCCCCCGGCGCGGGAGGAGGCGGUGGCCGAGCCCCCCCCCGCCGCGCUCCAGCCGCGCCAGCCCCGCGCCGCUCGCCCAUGGCGACCCCCGGCCCCACGCGUGCCCCGGCCCCGGCGCGGAGCCGCCGCUGAGCGCCGCGCACCGGCAGCGGCCCGGCCUCCAGAGUUUCAAUGUUCUGACUUGCUCUAAGAUGAAGGUAUGGAAGCGUGCAGCCAUCGCAUCGAUGCUCCUCAGCUCCGUGUUAUCCAUUUUAGUUUGUAGAGACAUGUUCAGCGGAAGCCGGGAACUCGGCCCCUUGCCUUCCUCACCGUCUUCCUCACGGGAUUCCUCCUCCUCCUCUUCUUCUUCCUCCUCUUCCUCCUCCUCCUCCUCCUCGCUGCCGGCGGCUCCGCGGAGAUCCCCACGGGCCCUGCAAGGCCACGGCUCCCUGCUGGCCCAGUACAGCGCCCUGCUGGAGAGCUACACGGAGGGCGAGCUGCGCCAGCUGCUGUCGGCGCUGGUGGAGCGCUACCGCCGGGCCAUGGCGUCGGGCGGGCGCGAGCUGCCGCUGUUCCCCCGCGCCGGCGGCCGCCGCAAGCGCGCCCGCGCCCGCCACAAACCCUGCGAGCUGCGGCAGCUGGAGGUCAGCGUCAGCGAGCUGGGCCUGGGCUACGAGUCUGACGAGACCGUCCUGUUCCGCUACUGCAGCGGCACCUGCGAGGCGGCCGCGCGCAGCUACGACCUCUCCCUCAAGAGCAUGAGGAGCCGCAGGAAGAUCCGCAAGGAGAAGGUGCGGGCGCGGCCGUGCUGCAGGCCGCUGGCCUACGACGACGACGUGUCCUUCCUGGACGCCUACAACCGCUACUACACCGUCAACGAGCUGUCGGCCAAGGAGUGCGGCUGCGUGUGACGGGGACAGCCGGGCGCAGGGGCCGCGAUGGAGGCCGGAGAGGCCCCAGGAGGAGAGACUGGGCCGUCGGUGCGUCCCUCGGUGCCACCGGCGCGUCCCUCGGUGCCACCGGCGCGUCCCUCGGUGCCGUCGGUGCGUCCCUCGGUGCCACCGGCGCGUCCCUCGGUGCCACCGGCGCGUCCCUCGGUGCCGCCGUCACGCAGGACCAGAGACGUGGCGGCUGUCCUGGCGGAUGUUGGAGCAGUGGUGGCUGCUGGAAGCCGUUGUCCCCUCUGUCCUGGCGGAUGUUGGAGCAGUGGUGGCUGCUGGAGGCCGUUGUCCCCCCUGCCCUGGUGGAGGUCAGAGUGGUGGCAGCUGCUGGAGGCCGUUGUCCCCUCUGUCCUGGCGGAUGUUGGAGCAGUGGCGGCUGCUGGAGUUGUCCCCUCUGCGGGUGGCCCGGCAGUCCCUGCUGAGGUGACAGUGGCCGUGCCCAGCCCCUCGGCCAGCACAGGCUCCCCUGUGUGUCACACACGCGUGUCACACACGUGUCACGGGCCACGCAGGGGGUGGUGCAGCGCAGACGUCUGCGGCGUGGGGGGACCCGCACGUGCCAGGGGUUCUGUGUCAGGGUGUGGCACAUGCGGGGGGUGUUGAGAGCAGUGGAUGGGGUGUGCUGCACACCCAGGAUGUGUUUUGGGGUGUGCUGCACACCUGGCGCAUAUUUUGGGGUGUGCUGCACACUCAGGAUGUGUUUUGGGGUGUGCUGCACACUCAGGGUGUGUUUUGGGGUGUGCUGCACACUCAGGGCGUGUUUUGGGGUGCAUUACAGGUUCGGGGUGCGUCAGGUGCCCUGUGCUGCCCCGGGGUGGGAGCCGAGUCCUUCUCCCUCGUAGCUUUGGGUUUUUGUCCACCCCGCACUGCUGGGGGAGGUUCAGCCGCCCCAGACCCGGCGUUUGGGGACACAGAAACACCGACAGCGUUUUGUGUGCGUGGCUCUGACCCCUUCUGCCUCAUUCCCCUUUUGCCACCAUCCCAUUCCUCAACCCUGGGGCUGUUCCUCUUAAAACUCGGGAUAAUCUGAAAUAACUGGAUUAACCUCCCGUGCCCCCGCCACGGGCAGCUGGGCCAGAGCCCGGCCACCACCAGGGAGGUGACAGAGCCUGCCCAGGGCCACCAGCAGAGCCACGGCAGCGUGGGCGGGAGCAUCCCUGGUUUGGGGAUCCAAAAUCUCCCCGGGGGUGUUUCCUGUCCCCUGGUCCUCCUAAAAUCCACCCGGGGGUGUCUCCUGUCCCCUGGUCCUCCCAAAAUCCACCCGGGGGUGUUUCCUGUCCCCUGGUCCUCCCAAAAUCCACCCGGGGGUGUCUCCCAUCCCCUGGCAGGGCUGGAAUCCUGCGGGAGAGGGCUCUGAGCCCCGGCUUUGGCUGCGCUCGCAUUUACAGCCGUGUCACUGCUGUUUACUCUGCGGGGAGAUAAAUGAGCCCGCCGAGUUUCGCGUUCCCUGGGCAGGCUCGCUUUGGGAUUGAUGGGUUUUCUCCCCUUGGCUCCCUUCCCAGAAAAGGCAAAUCAUAAACAGAAGGAGAAUAUUGGUGUCACGUCCUGGGCAUUCACCAGCGCGAGGGAAAACGCUCCAUGUGCCACCCCCCGGCGUGCUGGCUCCUCUCUGCUCAAAACAGGGAGGAAAAUUCCCUGUGCCUUCAUCCCGAGGAGGAGGAGGAGGAGGAGGAGGAGGGCUCUGGUGGUGAUCCCAGCGCAGGGAUGGCGCUGCAGGAUUUGGGGGAGCAGAAUCCCUUGGGAUGGGGGACAGCGUCAGACCAGCCUCAUUCCCGACUUCCACACAAGGCCAAGCUGGGAUUUUUUUAUUUUUCCCCUUCCUUUUUAUCCAAACGCAGCUCUCGGCUGAGCGGAGCCGGGCUGUAGCGCAGGAAUAUAAACACCAUCCCUCAGCGGGGCUGGCAGCCCGGGAAGGCAGCCUGGGCUCUGUAACGAGGAGUUUUCCCUGGAUUUUGGGAAAGGCAGGAGGCAGCGGCGUGAAACCGAGAGUGGAUAAACUCCACGCUGCAGGUGCAGCUCCCCAACCAAGGUGUGAGCGUGCAGCCCUGGAAUUGGCUGGAAAUGGGAAAAGUGGCCCAAAAUAAUCAGCUGGAGGACGGGAACGGCAGACGGGCAGCGGGAGCAGUGCUGGGCUCACAAGGGAUAAGUGGCUGACUCGAGUUUAAGGAAGAAAAAAGCGCCCAAAUCUAAUAAUAAUAAUAAUAAUAAUGCUAAUAAUAAUAAUAAUAACUGUCCUCUCGAGGGCUUGGGUGCUUUCCAGGUCUCGCUGCUAUGAAACUGAAAUCAGUUUUGUUGCAGUGAAAUAAAAAAGAGGCGGGAGCAGAGCAGGGAGGGCAGGGCAGGUGGAAGCAGAGCAGGGCCCGGUGUCACAGAGAGGAGCUGGAGCAGGAGCUGCCUCUGCUCACGGGGACAGGUCGGAGUGUUUGUACCCUGUUUUGGGACAUUUUUUGGCAGAAUCCAGGGGUUUAGGGUGUCUCGAUGGUGAGCACCCGGCCCAAGGGAGCCUCCUCUUGCCAGGGAGCAGCAGGAAGAUGAAGGGACAGAGGAGCAGCAGGGUGGGGACAUCUCCCAGCUGCCAAACCCCCCAUUCCCAGUGCAAACCCAGCUUGGAGCCCCCCAAAACCGGGAGGAAAACCCAACUCAGUGCAAUGCUGUGUUAAAACAACCAGCAGGAACAGCUCCAAUCCAUCAUUUUUUGCUUUUUUUUUUUUUCUUUUUAAUUUCCCCCUGCUGGCAGUGGCGCUCCGGCCCGUGUGGAGGGGAUGUUCCCCAUCUGCUGCUCCUGCCGGGGUUUUUUGGGGAUUUGCAGCCACAAAAAACCCCAAAGGAGUGAGCUGGGGCAUCGUGGAGUGGCCAAAAGGAUGAAUUCUGCUUCCAUGUCCUCAUUUCAGGGCUCCUGCUCCUCAUGGAGCUCCUCCAGCUUUCCCAGUGCCAUCCCACUGCCACCCGGUCCUGGAAAUGUGGUUCCAAUCUGAGGCUGAGGUUUCCCUGAUGUUUUCCAUUUCUCCAGCCCCCUGUGCUGUAAUAGGAGCUGGAGUUGUCCAGAAGAAUGUCUACAAUGUCAAAAAAAAAAUAAAAAAGAAAAGUGGAAAAUUCCCUCCUCAAAGCCACAGCAGAAUCUCAUCUGGCUCCUUCCUCAGCAUCCCAUGCGCUGGUUAAUAUCAAUAUUAAUAUUGAUAUUAAUAUUAAUAUUAAUAAUGCUAAUAAUGGCCAGCGUGCAACAGCUGCUGAGGGGAUUUUGGGGUUGGGUUUGUGCUUGUCUGGGGCUGCAGCUCCUGCCGGGAGAGGAAGGUUUGGAUGAGAAGGAGAUUUGGAAACAGGAGAUGUUUAAAAUGAUCCCGGAGGUUGUGACAGCGCAAAAUCCCGGGGUGAGCUCUGGGAUUUCCAGCGGGUUCCCCACUCUGUGCUUGGGGAAGGACCUCGAUCCCCACAUCCCACAAAUCUCCCGGGAUCCCAUUUCCCUCCCAGGGGUCUCAUUCCCAAUUUGGGAUCCACAGGGGGGUGGGAAAUGGGUCCAAGGUCGCCGUUUCCACCCACUGAAAACCCUGGCAGGGAGAACGUUCUGGGUUUGAACCAGAACCCUGCUGGGCAGAAAGGAUUUUCCCAGUUUAUCGAGAUAAAUGAUGGAGGGAAAGGAUUUUCCCAGUUUAUCACGAUAAAUGAUGGGGGAAAAGGAUUUUCCCAGUUUAUCACGAUAAAUGAUGGAGGAAAAGGAUUUUCCCAGUUUAUCACGAUAAAUGAUGGAGGAAAAGGAUUUUCCCAGUUUAUCACGAUAAAUGAUGGGGGAAAAGGAUUUUCCCAGUCUAUCACGAUAAAUGAUGGGUUUUGGUGGGGGAAAAGGAUUUUCCCAGUUUAUCGAGAUAAAUGAUGAGUUUUGGUGGGGGAAAAGGAUUUUCCCAGUUUAUCGAGAUAAAUGAUGGGGGAAAAGGAUUUUCCCAGUUUAUCACGAUAAAUGAUGGGUUUUGGUGGGAUUUUAGGCUGCUGGAAAUUGGGAACGGGGCUGCCACGUGUUUCCCUUGUGGGAGAAACAAAGCUUGGCCUCGAAGGGGAGGCCCAAGAGGAGGGGGGGAGAAAAGGGGAAAAGGAAAUAAAGGAAAAAAGGAGGAAAAAGGAGGAAAAAGGAGGGGGGAGAAAGAAAAAAAAGGGAAAAUGGAAUAAAGGGAGAAAGGAAAAUGGGGGGGAGGGUAAGAAAAAAAAGGGGAAAAGAGAAAGGAGAAAAAAGGGGGAAAAGGAAAAAAAAGGGGGGAAGGGAAAAAAGGAAUGAAAAUGAAAAGGUUGAAAUGGGGGAAUGAAGAGCGGGUAAAAAGGGAAAGAGGAAAAAAGAGAAAAAGGAAAAAUAAAGGAAAAACGGGGAAGAGCAAAAAGGAAAUAAAAUGAAAAGAAGGGAAAAGAGGGUAAAGAGAAAAGGGGGGAAAAGGGAAAAAAGGGCAAAAAGGAGAAAAAAUGAAAGGAGGAAAAAGGAAAUAAAAGGAAAAGGGGGAAAAGGAAAAAAGGGGAAAAGAAAAAAGGG